GGUUUGAAUUUAAGCUGCACACUUCUGGAGGAUGGAGGAUUUCAAGUAUCAAAUUUCUGAGCUGUCAUGUUCUUUUGGAUAUGGCCCGACAUGUCCCUCUCUACCGAGCUCUGUUAGAAUUACUCCGUGCUAUUGCAUCUUGCACGUCAAUGGUGCCGUUACUGCUUCCUCUGUCUGGAGAAAAUAGUGAAGAGGAAGAAGAACAGUUGGAGUCACAAGCUUCCGUUGGGACCUUGUUGGCUAAAAUGAAGACCUGUGUAGAUACCUAUACCAACCGAUUGAGGUCUAAAAAAGACAAGGCUAAAGCAGGGGUAAAGCCCGAUACUUCUGAUCAAGAACCAGAGGGACUGACACUUUUGGUACCAGACAUACAGAAGACUGCUGAGAUAGUUUAUGCUGCUACCACCAGUUUACGCCAGGCAAAUCAAGAAAAGAAGAUGGCUGAAUAUUCCAAAAAAGCUGCUGUGAAGCCCAAACCAUUGUCUGUUUUACGCUCUCUUGAAGAAAAGUAUGUGGCUGUCAUGAAAAAACUCCAGUUUGAUACAUUUGAAAUGGUUUCUGAAGAUGAUGAUGGAAAAUUGGUUUUCAAAGUAAAUUACCACUACAUGUCUCAGGUAAAAAAUGCAAGUGAUGCCAACAGUGCUGCCAGAGCCCGACGUCUUGCACAAGAAGCUGUGACUCUUUCAACAUCACUGCCUCUCUCAUCUUCAUCCAGUGUUUUUGUACGUUGUGAUGAGGAGCGGCUUGACAUUAUGAAGGUUCUCAUUACUGGUCCAGCAGACACCCCUUAUGCAAAUGGAUGCUUUGAAUUUGAUGUGUAUUUUCCACAAGACUAUCCUAACUCCCCUCCACUUGUGAAUCUGGAAACAACUGGAGGCCACAGUGUGAGAUUUAAUCCAAAUCUCUACAAUGAUGGCAAGGUAUGUUUAAGCAUUCUUAACACAUGGCAUGGGAGGCCAGAAGAGAAAUGGAAUCCUCAAACAUCAAGUUUUUUGCAGGUAUUAGUAUCUGUCCAAUCUCUUAUACUUGUAGCAGAACCAUAUUUUAAUGAACCUGGUUAUGAACGAUCAAGAGGUACUCCAAGUGGUACCCAGAGCUCCAGAGAAUAUGAUGGAAAUAUACGACAGGCAACAGUCAAGUGGGCAAUGCUUGAACAAAUCAGAAAUCCAUCGCCAUGUUUUAAGGAGGUCAUCCACAAACAUUUUUACUUGAAAAGAGUGGAGAUCAUGGCUCAGUGUGAGGAGUGGAUUGCAGACAUACAACAGUACAGCAGUGACAAACGGGUAGGCAGAACUAUGUCCCAUCAUGCAGCGGCUCUCAAGCGUCAUACAGCUCAGCUGCGAGAAGAACUUCUGAAACUUCCCUGUCCUGAAGGAUUGGAUCCAGAUGCUGAUGACUCCGUGGAAAAAUGCAGUGCCACGAGUUCAGAAGAGACUAUGUUGCACGAACAGGUGAAACCCAGCAGCAGUAAAGAUAUCCCCACUGAUUUCAAGUUAUGAGUUGCAUUGACAUGGACUUUCUAGACACAGAGGCUUUGAAGCACAAGCCAAAUAUGUCAAUAUUUGUAUGUAAGAAGCUAAUUAUGUAAUAGGCAAUGAAACUGAAACUAUACUAUGCCCUUACGGAUAUACAGUUUAAUUCAAGAUGAUCUUUUAUUUACCUGUACAAGAGUGUAAACUUUUUUGUGCUUUUAUUUUUCAAUUGUGAGAACCACUGAUUGGUAUGUUUAAAAAAGUUAUGUAUACAAGAAAUGGAUAAAUCACUGAUAUAUAAGGGAAAACUACCUUAGGAAAGAAUGUUUACUGAAUGUUUAUUAUUUUUUUUUACUUGUAGAGUGAGGGCGGUUGUAACAAAGAAUAUAUAUUGGUCAUUCUUACAGCUACUAUUUAAAGUCAGAAAAUUUUCACUGAAUUUGAUAGAUUUUACGUUUGGCCAUAUAUUCAUGCUCAUAUUUGAUUCUAAAGAAAACCUCCUGUAUACUUCAAUAAAAGUUAAAUGGACAUGAUCCCUCUUUUAUGAUUUACUGGUACAUUUUUUAAAUAAACUGCCAUAAAAUACAUUAUAGCUGAAAGCUUGCACUUGUAUGACUGAAUUCAUUGCAGUCAACGUAUUUAAUUUUAUGCUUACUAAUUCUAAAAUGCAGUUGAAAUAAAUGCACAUGGUUUUACCUCAUGC